AUGGAGACGUCGUGGCCCUGGUGGUGGUGGUCCCUGCUCGGCGCUCUCGCCGGCGCCCUCGCGGCGCCCUGGGGCGGAGAGCAGCAGCAGCACACGCUCCUGUCCCUGCUGCUCGUGGCGGGCGCGGCGGCUGCAGCACCUGCCCUGGCAACCCUGGCGGCCCGCUGGCUGGGCGGUGGUGGCCUUGACCAAGGCUCCUCCACGUCGGCCGACUAUCGCGUGACGCAGCUCGUCGUCUACCCCAUCAAGUCGUGCGCGGGUACCUCGCUCACGGAGGCCACGUUCGACGCCCACGGCUUCGAGCACGACCGGCGCUGGAUGCUCGUCUCGGACACGUCGUCGUCGUCGGAGUCGUCGUCGCCGCUGUUCUUCGUGACGCAGCGGGUGUGCCCCACCCUCGCCCUCGUGGUGCCUCGCCUGACCGCCACGAGCCUGCUGGUCGACGCGCCCCACAUGCCCACCCUACGCGUGGAGCUCAAGUCGCAGGCCCACGUGGCGCGCAUGGAGCAGAUGCGCAAGGAGCUCGGCCUCGUGCACCCGCCCGAGGUGGAGGCACGGCUGGCCGAGGAGGCCAAGCGGAAGCAGGGCGGCCAGGAGCAGGUCCACGUGGCCAUCUGGUCCGACAAGGUGCCCGCCAUCGACGAGGGAGACGAGGCGGCCCAGUGGUUCAGCAAGUACCUCAAGAGGCCCAUCCGCCUGGUGCGCGUGCCUGACGACAACCAGCGCCUGGUGCCCCAGGACUACCGGGUGGAGGGGGAGGCCAACACCGUGGCCUUUGGCGAUGGUUUUCCGUUCCUGCUGACGUCGGAGGGGUCGCUGGCCGGGCUGAACCGGGAGCUGCCGGAGCCUGUCCCGAUGAACCGCGGACGUCCCGAAGACGACGUGCCCUUCGUGGAGGACACCUGGGGCCUCGUCCGGAUUGGGACUCACCCGAUGCACGUCGUCAAGCCCUGCACCCGCUGCAAGCUCACCACCGUCGACCAGGCCAAGGGCGAGUUCGGCAGUGCGGAGGAGCCGCUGCGUACGUUGCGGCGAGUGCGGUCGUCGCCCGAUGGCAAGUCGGUCUACUUCGGGCAGAACCUGAUCCACGCCGCGGCCAGCGGCACAGUCCGCGUGGGCGACACCGUCCGCGUGCUCCGACUCACGCAGCGACCGGUGGCCCUGCGCCCCCCUGCCCCGCUCCCGCACGAAUAG